AUGGCCCGUCGUCCCGCUCGUUGCUACCGGUACUGCAAGAACAAGCCGUACCCCAAGUCCCGUUUCAACCGUGGUGUCCCCGACCCCAAGAUCCGCAUCUUCGAUCUUGGCCGCAAGAAGGCUACCGUCGAUGACUUCCCUCUCUGCAUCCACAUGGUCUCGAACGAGUACGAGCAGCUGAGCUCCGAGGCUCUUGAGGCCGCCCGCAUUUGCGCCAACAAGUACUUCGUCAAGACCGCCGGAAAGGAGUCGUUCCACCUUCGCGUCCGCGCCCACCCCUUCCACGUCGUCCGUAUCAACAAGAUGUUGUCUUGCGCCGGUGCCGAUAGACUUCAGACUGGUAUGCGCGGUGCCUGGGGUAAGCCCAACGGCACUGUCGCCCGUGUCAACAUUGGCCAGAUCAUCAUGAGCGUCCGCACUCGUGACUCCAACAAGGCCGUCGCUCUCGAGGCUCUUCGCCGCUCCCAGUACAAGUUCCCCGGUCGCCAGAAAAUCAUUAUCUCCAAGAACUGGGGCUUCACCCCCCUCCGCCGCGAGGAGUACCUCGAGAAGAAGGCUGCUGGCCGCGUCAAGGUCGACGGUGCUUACGUCCAGUUCCUUGCCAACCACGGCUCUCUCGAGCAAAACAUGAAGCGCUUCCCCGAUGCCUUUGCCUCUGAGGCUUAA